AUGUUGGUUACCGAGACAUUCCAUGGCUUCAUUGAGUCGACUCAAGAUGUCCUCCUCAUUUUCGAAGGCUGUCGACGAGGACUCCUUCCCAGGAUUUGCCGACGUCUUCAAGAGAAGGAAAGAAAGAUGAUACAGUCUGGAUCUGUGUUUGUGUUUGAUGAACGAGAGUCAGGUAUCAAGCGUUGGACUGAUGGUCGCGUAUGGAGUCCAUCGCGUAUCCUAGGCAACUUUUUGAUUUAUCGUGAAUUGGAUAAACGAGCUCCUGGUGAGAAACGACAUUCUUCAUCCACCGCCACCUCUGCAGCAGCUGCUGGUGACAUGCGUCAACGAAGCUAUAGUGCUGAUCAUGGAGGAGGAGCAAGUGGUGGUGUAUCCGCUGGUGUCGAUCGUGGCAGAGAACGACAAUUAGUCGGCAGCCUUUCCGAUUCAUACAAGUUUCGCAAGGAUGGUCUUAUCAAAAAGACAAUGUCCAUUGUUGUCAAUGGUGUUGCUCAACAUUUGAUCUCGUACUAUCAUCCCAAUGAUGUUUUACAAGGAAGCUUGCGCACGCCUUCAUCCGUCCCGGAACUUGCCAGCCUUGAAAUCUCUCCAGAAUUGCUGCUUAAGCAGAAUUUCCGUAUCCCACCUAUGGUUGAACCUACCUUGGAGCAACAACAACAUCAUCAUCACCAUCAUCAUAUCACUGGUGGAGAUCCUAUCGGCAUGGGUCCUUUGACACCACCCGAUUCAUUUGGAGAUCGUCGCAUGCAUCAAUUACGUAGUAUGUCGGUGGGAUCAUCUCAAUUCAUGUACCCUUAUCGUAUGGACCCUGAUCCAAAGUAUACGUCGCCUAUGCCCAUGUAUGGUACCGGUUAUGCACCUAUUCCAUCACCUACAAGUAUGGCAUCUUCUCCUAGUACGCCAAUGCUUUCACCAGGUCGUCAAUCGAUGCAUCAUCAUCAACAACAUCAUCAUCAGCGUCAUUAUUCCACAUCUUCCUUCCCACGCAACUAUGCUCCCACUGCUGAUAUCAUGCCACUAGCACAAAACAAUGGUUUCUUUGCACCCACUAGUACAAGCACAAGUACAAGCACUAGUAGCGUGGAUGCUAGUGGUAGUGGCAAUUGCAGCAAUCAUCAACAUCAACAACAACAACCACCCACCCAUCCUCAUAUUAAGACCGAGCGCUCUAUGGAAGCACCUGUGCAAUCCAAUGCCAACUUGGGGCAAUUACUUAACCCAGUGCAUCCAUUGCAUUCUGAAUCUACACCGCAACCAUUGUUCAGCACGAGCCAACCCUAUCACAAUUAUCCCGCCACUGAUCGCACCGAUGAUCUUAAACCAACUCCAGUUACAACCGCCGAUCCAACCCCCACUGCCACAUCUACCUCUACUCCUAUUUCAACCGCUUCUGCAACACCCACAAAUACAUCUCCUACACAUCCCAGUGGUGGUGGCAGCAUAGACUUUGAUGGAUACAUGUAUUAUCAUAACCGCCAACAGCCGCUCAACAAUAGUCAACAUGUUCAUCCGGAUCUCUAUCCAAGGACAUUUAUGAAUCCUUUUUAUCCUCAACUCGCUGGUGGAGAUGUUGUCGACAAUGACUUGUCUGAUACAAAUGGUCCUUUGAUGCUCAAAUGA